UUCUCUUUCCGGAGGAAACAGAUUUGGGCAGUAAUUUUUUAUUAGGACUUCGGGAAGAAAGGCUCAAUAAAACGUUAGCUUUGGUGGCCCUGAAUACCACCACCACAACAACAACGAUAAUUGGAGAUAUUAUAGUUUGUUAAGAUACGUUGUGUAAGAGGCGGAACUAGAUACAUGAUGGUUAACUGUCCGUUAUUGAGACAACUUCAUGGUGGUGUGAGCACCAGAAUGAAGCUCUUGGGAGCCAUCAGUGAAACUCAAAGUAAUAAAAAGGCCUUUAGAUGGUUUUCUGCCAAUAAUGAGAAAGAGAAGCCCACAUGUAAUGUUGGUACUAUUGGCCACGUGGAUCAUGGGAAAACUACCCUUACAGCAGCUAUCACUAAAGUUCUUCAGAAGACUGGACUGUCAAGUUUUGUUUCUUAUGAUCAGAUAGAUCGCGCACCAGAGGAAAAACAACGAGGCAUAACUAUUAAUACAGCACACAUUUCCUAUUCCUCAUCACUGAGACACUAUGCACACACAGACUGCCCAGGGCAUUCCGAUUAUGUGAAGAACAUGAUUUCUGGAGCAUCUCAAAUGGAUGGAGCCAUUCUAGUUGUAGCGGCAAGUGACGGACAAAUGCCACAAACUCGAGAGCACCUCUUGUUAGCUAAGCAAGCAGGAGUGAAAAAAGUUGUGGUAUUUGUUAAUAAGGCAGACCUAGUGGAUGAAGAUGUAUUAGAACUGGUGGAGAUAGAGGUUCGAGAGUUACUGGAAGAUUACGGUUAUGAUGGUAUUGAUGCACCCUUUGUGAAUGGAUCUGCUCUGCUUGCCCUACAAGGAGAUCAGGGACCAUAUGGAGAAAGCAGCAUUCAAAAACUUGUGAAGGCUCUGGAUGAAUACAUAACAAUUCCAACUCGAGAUCUUACGUCUCCGUUCUUACUUCCCAUAGACAAUUACUUUACCGUGCCAGGUCGUGGAUCAGUUGUUACAGGAACUCUUAAACGAGGUAUCAUGAGAAAAGGAGAAGCAGCUGAAUUACUUGGAUUUGAUCGCCACAUCAAGACUGUUCUUAAUGACUUGCAGGUAUUCAAGAAGUCCACACCAAUUAUAGAGGCUGGACAGAAUGUGGGUGUUUUACUUCGAGGUGUCAAAAAUGAAGUGCUUAGUAGGGGUAUGACCCUGUGUGCCAGUGGCUCACAGAAAUGUCACAACAGAUUUGAAGCUGCCAUAUAUCUUCUAAGCCAUGCAGAAGGUGGCAGAUCUCGUCCACUAGUUUCUCCUUACAUGCAACAGCUUUUCAGUGAUACUUGGAAUGUUGCUUGCAGAGUUGACCUGCCAGACGGUAUACACAUGUUGAUGCCAGGUGACCAUGGGACAGUAAUACUGACCCUGCAAGAAAGUAUGGUGAUGAUGCAGAACCAGUCAUUUACCAUCAGAGAGAAUAACAGUACAGUUGGAACAGGAAUAAUAAUAAAACUUUUGGAUAGUGUGUUAAUUCCUCAAAAAAAAUUAGAUAAAAUAGUUUGGUAAGAGUUAUCACAGUUAAGUACUGUUUUGCUGAAAUAAAUAGUACAUGUAUGUUAA